AUGGCUUACAAGGUACUGGUGCUAGCGUCGCUGGUGGGCGUGGCGUGCGGUGGCAUCAUCGGGGGACACGGGGUGCUGACGGCGGGGCCGCCGCUCGCCGUCGUGGCCAGGGGCCCGGCGCCGGUGGUGAAGGCCGUGGCGGGCACCGACACCGACUUCGACCCCAGCCCGCAGUACAGCUACGCGUACGACAUCGCGGACUCGCUGACCGGCGACAACAAGGGCCAGCAGGAGACGCGCGACGGCGACGUGGUGCAGGGCAGCUACACGCUGCUCGAGGCGGACGGCUCGCGCCGCACCGUCGAGUACACGGCGGACCCCGUCAACGGCUUCAACGCCGUCGUGCACCGCGAGGCGGCCGUGGUAGGCGGCAAGGCGGUGGUCGGCCCGCCAGCGGGGCUGCAAAAGACGGUCGGCCCCUUCGGCGUCGCCAAGGUGCCCGCCGCCGUCGGCUUCGCGCCGCUCCACACCCAGGCCUACAUCGGCUAG